AUGGGGGAACUUAACUGUCACAGUAUCAACAGUGACUCAGAUGAGACCAAUGUGGAACAAUCCUCUCCAGUUACAGCUGUUGAAGACCAACUGACAUGUACAGCCAGAGUUGAAAGUCCUUCCUUCCAAGAUAACACACCUGAUGCGUCUGACACAAACACCGUACAUCAGACUUCCAGCACUGAAGGGGACACACUUGAGACCAAUGUGGAACAAUCCUCUUCAGUUACAGCUGUUGAAGACCAACUGACAUGUACAGCCAGAGUUGAAAGUCCUUCCUUCCAAGCUAACUCACCUGAUGCGUCUGACACAAACACCGUACAUCAGACUUCCAGCACGGAUGGUGACACACUUGAGACCAAUGUGGAACAAUCCUCUUCAGUUACAGCUGUUGAAGACCAACUGACAUGUACAGCCAGAGUUGAAAGUCCUUCCUUCCAAGCUAACACACCUGAUGCGUCUGACACAAACACCGUACAUCAGACUUCCAGCACGGAUGGUGACACACUUGAGACCAAUGUGGAACAAUCCUCUUCAGUUACAGCUGUUGAAGACCAACUGACAUGUACAGCCAGAGUUGAAAGUCCUUCCUUCCAAGAUAACACACCUGAUGCGUCUGACACAAACACCGUACAUCAGACUUCCAGCACGGAUGGUGACACACUUGAGACCAAUGUGGAACAAUCCUCUUCAGUUACAGCUGUUGAAGACCAACUGACAUGUACAGCCAGAGUUGAAAGUCCUUCCUUCCAAGCUAACACACCUGAUGCGUCUGACACAAACACCGUACAUCAGACUUCCAGCACGGAUGGUGACACACUUGAGACCAAUGUGGAACAAUCCUCUUCAGUUACAGCUGUUGAAGACCAACUGACAUGUACAGCCAGAGUUGAAAGUCCUUCCUUCCAAGCUAACACACCUGAUGCGUCUGACACAAACACCGUACAUCAGACUUCCAGCACGGAUGGUGACACACUUGAGACCAAUGUGGAACAAUCCUCUCCAGUUACAGCUGUUGAAGACCAACUGACAUGUACAGCCAGAGUUGAAAGUCCUUCCUUCCAAGAUAACACACCUGAUGCGUCUGACACAAACACCGUACAUCAGACUUCCAGCACUGAAGGGGACACACUUGAAACCAAUGUGGAACAAUCCUCUUCAGUUACAGCUGUUGAAGACCAACUGACAUGUACAGCCAGAGUUGAAAGUCCUUCCUUCCAAGAUAACACACAGGGUACGUCUGACACAAACACCGUACAUCAGACUUCCAGCACGGAUGGUGACACACUUGAAACCAAUGUUGAACAAUCCUCUUCAGUUACAGCUGUUGAAGACCAACUGACAUGUACAGCCAGAGUUGAAAGUCCUUCCUUCCAAGAUAACACACAGGGUACGUCUGACACAAACACCGUACAUCAGACUUCCAGCACGGAUGGUGACACACUUGAAACCAAUGUUGAACAAUCCUCUUCAGUUACAGCUGUUGAAGACCAACUGACAUGUACAGCCAGAGUUGAAAGUCCUUCCUUCCAAGAUAACACACAGGGUACGUCUGACACAAACACCGUACAUCAGACUUCCAGCACGGAUGGUGACACACUUGAAACCAAUGUGGAACAAUCCUCUUCAGUUACAGCUGUUGAAGACCAACUGACAUGUACAGCCAGAGUUGAAAGUCCUUCCUUCCAAGAUAACACACCUGAUGCGUCUGACACAAACACCGUACAUCAGACUUCCAGCACCGAUGGUGACACACUUGAGACCAAUGUUGAACAAUCCUCUCCAGUUACAGCUGAUGAAGACCAACUGACAUGUACAGCCAGAGUUGAAAGUCCUUCCUUCCAAGAUAACACACAGGGUACGUCUGACACAAACACCGUACAUCAGACUUCCAGCACCGAUGGUGACACACUUGAGACCAAUGUGGAACAAUCCUCUCCAGUUACAGCUGUUGAAGACCAACUGACAUGUACAGCCAGAGUUAAAAGUCCUUCCUUCCAGGAUAACACACCUGAUGCGUCUGACACAAACACCGUACAUCAGACUUCAAGCACGGAUGGUGACACACUUGAAACCAGUGUGGAACAAUCCUCUCCAGUUACAGCUGUUGAAGACCAACUGACAUGUACAGCCAGAGUUGAAAGUCCUUCCUUCCAAGAUAACACACCUGAUGCGUCUGACACAAACACCGUACAUCAGACUUCCAGCACAAAUGGUGACACACUUGAGACCAAUGUUGAACAAUCCUCUCCAGUUACAGCUGUUGAAGACCAACUGCAGGGUUGCCAGCGGACUUGA